GUAGUUUCCAUAUUAUUGCUAUGGUGAAGCUGUUAAUGACAUCAAAUCACAUCUUUUCAUUUUUUUUUUCAUACCUUUUGGUUGCGUUUCCAAAAGGCGCAUCGUUCCGAUGGUUAAGUAGCCAUGUAUAGUAAUUGUAACCACCGUGGUUACAACGAGUCCAGGUUGCUGAUUCUUUUGGUAUUUCUUCACGUUAGUUCUUUAGUCUCGUCCUCUUUCCAGCACCAGUCAUGUGAAUCAAACAUAAUCCGUCAUUGUAUAGCAACACGGUAUACUUUAUUCCAUUCCAUGUUUAACUCCGAUCAUACUAUUGCCAACAUGGUAAAAAUUCAAGACGCAUAUCCUAUUCGAUGAUCACAAAAUCCAUGCGACGGUGCAACAAAGUAUAAAUUUUUUUUUUUUCGGGGGAGGGCGACAAGAUGAAGGUCAUUCAGAGUUUUGCCGUUGAUACGUUUGACUGCCCAUGACUCCCAUGACGUUGCACCUCACGGGAUACAAACGGGCUUCCUUCUUACCGUUCGAUACUAUUGUUCCCAUGCUAUGCUCGGUCACACAAGAAAUAGCUAUCCUUACAAAAUGGCAAAGUGUUAUCACACCAAUCGGUCAACUUCCAAAAACAAA